AUGACCGAUUGUUUACAAAUCUUACCAUCUCUCAAUCUCGGCCAAACAACUCCAGCUGCGCCUCCUUCCGCCGAGUUGAACGACGAUCCUAAGAAGACUGCUUCUAAAGAGAGCCGCGCGACAGGCUCACUGCCUGUGCAGACACUGUCAAGGCUCGUCCGAGAGGCCAAUAGACUUCUCUCGCCGCGCAAGAAUGGCCAGGCCGGGUCGAAACAUGAGGAGGCGCGUGGGCUUGAGGAGCGCAAGCAGAUCCUAGGCCUGCGCAUGAAAAAUGCUACCUCGGCGUCACAAUGGUCCGCGGCUGCCCAAGAACUCGAUCUUCUCGAGGGUAACAACAUCUGGAAGUCGGAGCUGGGGGGCGUCGAUGGCAUCUACCGGCCGGACUUCAUUCGCGCCCGCAUGCGUGACCUCGACGACGCUCGAACGAGCUGCGACAUCCACCGCAUGUUACAUCUGGUCAGGACUGCUCUCUCGCGUGAUCUGGGCGGCAUGGGCAACAUCGAUUUGUACAGGCAUUCAUACGUUGGGACAAAAGACCUGAUUGAGCAGUAUGUCCAAUCUGCAGUGAAGACGAUCGAGGAUCUGGUAGAAAAGAGCGGAUACCCUGGCGUACUACCAGACGAUUUGGACCACAAGGAUAUCCUCGGGGCAUUGGUCCAGGCCCGGCAGAGUUUCGGCCGGUCCGCCCUGCUGCUCAGUGGGGGAGGUACUUUCGGGAUGAUGCACGCAGGGGUCUUGAAGGCUAUGUUCGAGGCGGAUGUGCUUCCUCGCAUCAUCUCUGGGGCCUCGGCUGGCUCCAUCGUCUGUGCCGUCUUCUGUACCAGGACACGCGAUGAGGUCCCCGGUGUCAUCGAAGCCUUUCCAUAUGGCGACCUGGCGGUGUUUGGCGAAGAGGGCAAGCAGGAGUCUGUCCUUGACCACGUGAAGAGACUCUUCACCGAGGGCUCCUGGUCAGAUAUCAAGCAUCUCAAGCGGGUGAUGCGUGGUAUGCUCGGCGACAUGACCUUUCAGGAAGCCUACAAUCGGACGAGGAAGAUCUGCAACAUCUCCGUCUCCACCGAGUCCAUCUACGAGCUACCGCGGCUGUUGAACUACAUCACUGCGCCCAACGUUAUGAUCUGGUCGGCGGUGGCUGCAUCAUGCUCUGUACCCUUCAUCUUUAGCGGUGCACACCUGCUUGUCAAGGACCCACAGACGGGCGAGCACAUGCCCUGGAAUCCAACCCCUCAGAAAUGGGUCGACGGGUCCGUGGACAAUGACCUGCCCAUGACGCGGCUGGCCGAGAUGUUCAACGUCAACCACUUCAUCGUCUCACAGGUCAAUCCUCAUGUUGUCCCGUUCCUGGCCAAGGACGACAGGCUCUUCUCGGAACAUGACGGCUCUCGAGCCGAGUUCUUUGGCACAUCACACAAUGCAAGCUUUACGGCCACACUCACCAGGCUGGCCAAGGAUGAAGCUCUGCACCGGCUUCACUUCCUAGCUGAGUUGGGCAUCAUACCGACAGCUGUCACCAAGCUGCGCAGCGUGCUGAGCCAAAAGUACUCUGGAGACAUUACCAUCCUUCCCGAGCACAACGUGAACGAUUUACCUCGGAUCCUCAAAAAUCCCACUGUUGAUUUCAUGGAACGGGCGACGCUUUCCGGCGAGCGAGCUACCUGGCCAAAACUCAGCCGGAUAAGAGAUAGAUGUGCAGUGGAGCUGGCGAUCGAUCGGUCCAUCCAGACUCUGCGGGCCAGAUGUCUCUUCAGCCAGAGCCAAGUCAACCUGCGCCGGCUCGUUACAGACGCAAAGAACCUUGGACCUAGGACGACUUUUGCUCACGGCCUGUACAUGCAUGGUCUCCCUCAAUCUGCUCAUGCCCAGACACAGUCCCUUGCAGACCAUGCUAGGCUGCAGAAGCGGUCUCGCAGAGCAUCCGGAAGCAGCCUUCAACUGCUCUCCAAGCAUCCAAAGCAGCUGCUUGACAUGGAGGACGACAUCACAGACGAUGAUACCGAAGUAGAGGAACGUCUUGAGCUGGGCCUGCGGAGAAGUGGCACCAAUACAUCGCUGCCCAGCCGAAGCAGCUUGUCCAACAGGCCAAGAUUUAGGAAAGGCUCUCUCAAGGGGUUACAGCCAGUCGUGCUGAGUAACAUCGGUCCUCUGACAAAUCCAUUUCCGGCGGGUACCAGCGGCGACGACCACAGCGAGUUUGAUUUUUCAAAGCCCUUGAAACCGCCGUCUAAACCGACUAUUCACUCGGCUACAGCUGCAGCCCGGGCGUCGACCGAGGAGUUUCAUUUAAAGGAGUCGCCAGUCGUCUUCUCUCGAUCUUCCCCGCAGCCGAAUUCAACGCCUCCAUCACGGCUUGAGUUUACCUCGCCGACGACAGGCGAUCUAGACACAUCGGACCUUCAUACCAGCGACUCCCACACCGACGAUAGCAUCUCUGACCUGGACCCGUACUCGCAACUAUCUCUCGUGGAUGAGGGUGCCGCACCUUCCAAGGCGAAUCAGUCAGACGGGCUCCCUUAUGAUGUUGCCGUGGCGGACGGCCGCAGUCGGGCCAAUUCACCAUCCGCGGCCGCGCUUGCAGAUGAUGAGCAAGAUACCACGGAUCCAGGGGAGGGCAUGUCGGAUUAA